AACCUACAUUCGGCCAGUUCGAACUAGCAUAUAUUAGUGUAAUCCACUGAUAGGCUCUGGCUCACUCUGAUUCUCAUCUUAAAUUGACACCCCUUCCCCCCAGUGCGCGGUCCGAUUUAUCGCACAUCACAUGCGAAACAGACGGCGUCAAUGCAUCUUCUCACCCUCCUGACUGGGAUCAUCCUCCUCCACGCGGUCAAUGGCAGCCCCCAGCCCAGCAGCGCCCCGGCACCGACCGGGUCCUCGUCCUUCUCCAAGACGACUAAAUACCCUCUCCCCAACUUAGGGAAUGUGGCCGUCCACGACCCCAACAUCCUCCGCCACGACGGGGCCUACUGGCUCUUCAAGGGCGGAGUCCACCUCCCCAUGUACAAGGCCCAGUCCCUGGACGGACCCUGGACGCAGCUCGGCACCGUCCUCGACGGACCCAGCGAGAUCCAGAAACAGAACCGCAGCCGCCCAUGGGCGCCCACCGCCGUCGAGUGGAACAACACCUUCUACUGCUUCUACUCGAUUAGCAAAGCCGGCAGUCGCAACAGCGCCAUCGGGGUGGCGACCGCCACCCAGUUAGAUCCUGGCCGCUGGUCGGACCACGGGGCCGUCAUCAACACGGGCCAGGGUAACGGGUCGGAGAGCUACCCAUACACCGUCUCGAACGCCAUCGACCCGGCCUUCACCAAGGACCAGGCCACGGGCCAGCCGUACCUGCUGUAUGGGAGCUACUGGCAUGGGAUCUACCUAGUGCCGCUGACCGCGGACUUGCUCUCGGUCACGGAGCCGGAGCGCCAGAAUGCGACGACGAAUCUGAUUUACGUGCCCGAUGAGAAGGUGAAGCCGGUCGAGGGGUCGUUUAUGAGCUACAGAGAGCCAUAUUACUAUGUUUGGUUCAGUCAUGGCAAGUGCUGUGGAUUCCAGAAUGGGUUUCCUGCUGUGGGGAAGGAGUAUAGCAUCCGGGUCGGACGGUCGAAGGAUGUCCAGGGGCCGUUUGUGGAUAAGGAUGGACGGCAGUUGACAGACGGAGGCGGGACGGUGGUCUAUGGCUCGAACCAUGGGACCGUGUAUGCUCCUGGGGGUGUUGGGGUUCUGUCUGCUGCCGAUGGAGAUUCCGAUGUUCUGUACUAUCAUUACCGUGGGUUGGCUCUCGUCGGUUUGGCCGGAUGUCUUGCUGACUUGACCCUAGUCAAUACCUCGAUUGGGUUCAAGGAUACCGUGAGUAGAUAGAUCUACCGUGAGGGGAGAUUUCUGGUUGACUCCGACUCUAGGACGCGCAGUUGGGAUGGAAUUACCUCGACUACCAAGACGGGUGGCCAGUCACUGUUUCUGGCGACAACAGCACCGGAACGAGCGAAAGCAGCGGAGCCGUGUUUGGACCUGAUUAUACGCUUCAUGCGUUCUCAUUCCUUGUCAUUUGGGGAUACCUCCGGCUACACAGUUGAAGCCCUGCUGUCCGCCUCGAGGAAUUUGCAUCUCACCCACAUUAACGAGAC